AUGCUCGGAAGUAGUUUAUCCGCGUUCCGAGCGGGACCCGUCAUCAGCUCGACUAUCAACAACUUGGAACUCCCCAAUACCCCAUACCAUACCGCAGCCAUGGAUAGCGCAGAUCCAUUUCUACAAGUUCAAGCCGACGUUGAGUCAACACUACAAGCCAGUCGCCCUCUCUUCUCCUCAUACCUCCGCAUUCGGUCCCUGGCCAAAAGCCCCUCAAACCCCGAACUGAAGCAAUCGCGUUCCGAGCUCGAAAGCACAUUAACAGAGCUCACGGCCGAUCUUAAUGAUCUUGUCGAGAGCGUACGUGCAAUCGAACAAGACCCUUAUCGCUAUGGCCUAGAACUCGAGGAGGUGCAACGGCGCCGCAAGCUAGUUGACGAGGUCGGCGAUGAAGUCGAAAAGAUGCACAAAGAGCUACAACAAGCGGUCUCGAAUUCCGCCCCUGAAACACUUCCCAAUCCCACCGAGUUCGAUGCUGCUUUGGAGGAGGAAGAGCGUGGCCGUGCUCGCGGCGGUGACGAUUACUAUGCCUCUAUGGAGCAGCAGCGCCAGUCUGAACUCAUGCAUGAGCAGGAUGAACAGCUUGAUGGUGUGUUCCGCACGGUUGGCAACUUGCGCCAGCAGGCUGAUGAUAUGGGGAGGGAGCUGGAGGAUCAGGCUGUCAUGAUUGACGAGGUUGAUACACUGGCAGAUCGAGUAGGGGGCAAGCUGUCGAAUGGCAUGUCGCGGAUCAAACACAUUGUUCGCAAAAACGAAGGUAAGAUAUCGUGUGCUUUUUUCUAUUCUCUACGCUGGCACUGGACUGGUUUGAUGUGGGAAUCAUAA